AUGGUGCCACAGGUGCAGGGCACCUCGUGGCAGCAAGCUUUGCUUGGCUCCAGAGACCAGGCGGUGUUUCGCAAAGCCAUCAGCUGUGCAGGCAGUUGGCAAGCCGCUGUCCAAGUCUUGGCGGAUGUCACGGAGCUUCGCACGCCCAGCGUCUAUUGCUUCAGCGCCUCCAUCACAGCUUUGCAUAGAGGCUGGCGGUGGCAGGCGGCAAUCGCGACGCUCUCCGAAAUGCGGGCUUACACCGUGCCCUGGAACCAGGUCACCCUUAGCGCUGGCCUCAGCGCCUGCAAGACAGAAAACUGGCAGCUGGCGUUGCGUCUCUUUUCGCAACUGGUCUCGGGCCGGAUCUCGCCAAAUGCUAUCAGCUUCAGUGCUGCCAUCAGUGCAUGUGAAAGUGCAGGCAAUUGGCAGAUGGUGUUGGGGUUGUUGUCCCAGAUGUCCAUCGAUCAAGUACCGACGGAUGUGGUAAUCUGCGGCGCUGCAAUCAGUGCUUGCGGAAAAGGCAGCGACUGGAAGACGGCCUUGCUGUUGUUGUCCCACGUGCUUAUACAAAGGCUUCAGAUGGACUUGAUCAGCUGUAAUGCUGCCAUCAGUGCCUGCGAAAAAAGUGGCAAAUGGCAAACAGCAUUGCUGCUGCUCUGGCAGAUGCCGGUCAUCAGACUUUCUGCAGACGUGAUCAGCUGCAAUGCGACCAUCAGCGCGUGCGAAAAGAGAGGCGAGUGGCAGUUGGCUGUGUGCGUGCUGUGGUCAAUGCCAGAAGCCAGGCUGGUGGCAAAUACGAUCAGCUACAGUGCUGCCAUCAGUGCUUGCGAGAAAGGUGGCAGCUGGCAGGUAGCAGUUCGUUUGUUGUCCUGUUUGCUCGGGGCUCGAAUCCCGGCGGGUGUGAUUGGCUUCAAUGCGGCCAUCAGUGCUUGCGAAAAACGCGGCAUUUGGCAGAUGGCUCUGCAUUUGUUGUCGCAAAUGCCUGCGGAGGGAGUCUCAGCGGAUGUGAUCAGUUGCAAUGCCGUGAUCAGUGCUUGUGAGAAGGGUGGCGAUUGGCGCCAGGCUUUGCUCUGCCUCUCGCAACUGCCUGUCGUCAGACUUUCUCCUAACGUCAUUAGCUCCAACGCUGCCAUCAGCGCUUGUGAGAAAAAUCAAGAGUGGCAAAGCGCGGUGCUCCUGCUGUCCCGCAUGCUUCUGGCUCAAUUGCCGGCAGAUGUGAUCAGCUUCAAUGCUGCCAUCGGAGCCUGCCAGAAGCAUGGGAAGUGGGAGGUGGCUGUGCUCUUGUUGUCCCGCAUGUGCAGCGCACGGGUCGUGCCCGACAUGACCAGCUUUGAUGCGGCCAUCUGCGCAUGUGAAGGGAGUGGAAAUUGGCAAGCUGCUUCCGUCUUGAUUCUCACAGUGGCAGCAGGCCGUGAUCAGAGUUCUGCUCUACACAGUCUGCGGCGCAACUCUGUUUACAUUGAAGGAGAGCGCGGUGCUCCGGAGUCCGCAGAGCAGAGUUCUCGAUGCCCGGAGCCAUACCUCUGUUGGGAUUGGGACGUGGAGGCAUGCUACGAGAAGGCUGUCAUGCGCACUUCGCCUCUGCCGUGUGCCACACAGAAGCGUGCUUACUACUCGCUUUUCUUCGUUCUCCCUUCCCUUUCGGCUGAGAUCUUCUUGCCUUGCUCCUGGAUGGUGUCGCCAGCCGCGCCGGCACGUUCCUGCGGGGAGGAGUUUUUCCGCAGUUUCGAUGAUCUGGUGAGUGCUUCGGGGGCAGCCACUGCUGCGAAAGUGGACUAUUGGCGCGGGGGUCUCCAAACAGACGAGCGGCCCGGCCAGUAUGCCGAGUACCUCCUGAACUUGUCGGAGGUCUGUGCCUCCACCUGUUGGGGUGCGGGAGCAAGGUAUUGGGAGCUUUCGCUGGAUCGCGAACUGUACUUUCGCAGCUGGGUUGAGAAAACAUCGCAGUUGGAUUGCGAAGGCUGCCCUGAGCUGCCAGCAAAGGUUGAGGGGCUGGCUCCUGUGGUGCACGUGGGCAUGUGCGUUCCCGAACUGUGCUCUGGUGGGGAGGUCAGGGAGGAGCUUCUAAGCAGAUAUUUGAUGCAUGUCCUCGGUGCCGCCCUGGCAUUUCCGGUGCCAACAAAGGCUGAAGCCCAGAUCGAGGAGCUUUCCCAUUGGUCGAAGUUUCAAUUAGAUUUCGUCAUCGCUGGAGUUGACAAUUGUGGCACCACUUCUCUUGGCCGCUGGUUGCAGCAGCUGGAGGAGGUGGAGUUUAGUCGAGGCGGUGAAGAAGAUGCGUCGUUUUUUUCACACGACAGGCUCUUGCCUUACGUGUCGGAGGUCCAGGCUUUCAACUCACAGUGGCGGAGUCCGUCAACGUUGAAAGGGCUGAGACAUCCAAGCUUGUGGGCACACCUUCGUGUCCGCAUGGCUCUAGCCCGUAUUCAGCGCUUGCGAGUCUUGCUUGUUGUUUGUGAUCCACUGAGCCGUAUUGACAAGGCUUUCUGGUGGUAUCAUAUCUGUAACCCGUCACUGCCGCACCCAGAGGCAGACCCGCUGCUGCGCACACCGGGCACCUGCUUCCGCAGCAUUUCUAGCGUUCUGGAGGACCCGCAAUUCCUCAGGCGUUUUGAGGUACGGAGGCACCUGGAGCAUGUACAGCGGCUUUUUCAUCAGAGACUGGCCGUACUGCAUCAAGAGCAUCUGCGUCUGCAAGCCCCGGAUGCAUUCUACAGCACCCUGCACUUUCUUGGGCUUCCUGCUCCUGAGUGGGCUCGGUUGACGCGGCACAACCACCGCCCUGGACAUCGUACUGACCUCUGCCACAAUGCCACGCUUGUCCGGCAGUUCAAGGAGCUCCUGGCACCGGAGUAUGUCUACCUGGAGCAACUGUUGAACAAAGUCGGGAUGUUGCCCGUGCCGGAACAGCUGCUGCUUCGGCAGUCCCGGUGCGACCGACUCGAGGAGCUGUUGGAAGGAGAAGAUUGGAGAAAGCGACUGAUGCGGAUAGUGCUGAUGUUCGUGUUGAUGAUUGCAAUAGGAACCAGUCGGCUUAAAGCAAGCGCCAAAAUGCAGACCACCUAUACUUACAGGUGGGGAUAUUCAAACCAGGGGACAUCUCAGCGGCCCGUUCAAUGGUUCCCUUACAUUUGGUGGGCCCAUGGGUUAGUUCACCCGCAUGAAAAAACCCAUCGUUUUUGUGCAAGUGACUUGCUGGGGAGCCAAGAUAAGCUUUUCGGUUAG